AUGACUGUGACUAACGACCCCUCCCCGCCCCAUGGGCCACGCAAGUCACUUAUCCUUAAUGCCUUCGUUGAAAUGUGCAGCGGCCACCAAUCCCCAGGCCUAUGGCGACACCCUGAAGACGAAUCCCAUCGCUUCAAUGAUAUCGACCACUGGAUUGAAUUAGCGAAACUCCUCGAAUCGGCUAAAUUUCACGGCAUCUUUAUAGCAGAUGUUCUCGGAGGAUAUGAUGUAUACAAAGGCCCCAAGAACCUCGAGCCGGCGAUUAUCUCCGGAGCACAGUGGCCGGUCAAUGAGCCCUUGGCUGUGGUGCCUGCUAUGGCGGCUGCUACUAAGAAUAUUGGGUUCGGGGUGACAGUUACCACGACUUAUGAGCAGCCGUAUCACUUGGCUAGACGGCUUUCGACGAUUGACCAUUUGACGAAGGGGCGUGUCGGCUGGAAUAUCGUCACCGGGUACCUUGACUCCGCUGCCCGAAACCUAGGUCAUACUCAACAACCACAACACGACGACCGCUACGCAAUCGCCGAGGAGUACAUCAAAGUAACAUACAAACUCUGGGAAUCAUCCUGGCGAUCCGACGCCGUCGUCCUCGACCGAGAACGGGGAAUCUACACGGAUCCAUCCCGAGUCCGAGAAAUCAAUCACGUCGGAAAAUACUUCAGUGUUCCAGGACCACACAUCUGCCAACCCAGUCCCCAGCGAACACCUGUCAUUCUCCAAGCCGGCACCUCAAAAUCAGGAAAGGCCUUCGCCGCCCAACACGCCGAAGCAAUCUUUGUCGCCGGACAUAGCCCCGUGGUUGUAGCGAAGAACGUGGCGGAAAUCCGCGAGCUGGCGAAAACGCAGUUCGGGCGCGAUCCGCAGAGUAUCAAAUUCUUGGCUCUUAUUUGUCCGGUCCUGGGUCGUACCAAGGAGGAAGCGCAGGAGAAAUUUAAGUAUUAUCGCAGUUUGGGGUCGAUAGAUGGGGCGUUGGCUCUGUUUGGUGGGUGGACCGGGAUUAAUCUGGAUACGUAUGGGGAUGAUGAGGAGCUUCGGCAUGUGGAGAGUAAUGCUAUUCGUUCUGCUGUCGAAGGGUGGUCGAAGGCCACGCCAGGCGUCGACAAGUGGACCAAAUCCACUGUCGGUCAGCAUAUCACCGUGGGCGGCUUAGGGGCAACCCCAGUUGGUACAGCCGAGCAAGUAGCCGACGAGAUGGAGCGAUGGGUGCAGGAGGCCGACGUUGAUGGAUUCAAUCUUGCAUACACCGUGAAGCCCGGUUCGUUCAAGGAUAUCAUUGAACUUCUGAUUCCGGAACUUCGUCGUCGUGGUCUGUUUUGGGAUGACUAUGCUGUCCACAAGGGGACCUAUCGGGAGAACCUCUACGGGAAGCCGGGGCAGAGUGGGCCACCAGAGGACCACCCGGCUGCCAAAUAUCGCUGGAAUGCGGGGGUUGAUGUGGAGGAACAUAAGAUUCCCGAGAAUUAA